AUGACUGAGUUGGUCAGGAAAACCCCCUCAACUCUGAGGGAAUUCAUGGACAGGGCUGAUGAUUAUGUUAAUACGGAAGACACGUUACAAGCCCUCUUAGAACCCAGGAAGAAAGAAGUGAAGUCGGAAAUCAAGAACUCGAACAGUGCGAGGGAUAGGAAGACUGACCUAAGUCAUCAAGACGGCGGCAAAGAAAAUACACCAAAAAGGAGAACCUUCAAUUUGGAGAAGUGCACUGCCAUAGCUAAGGAGAUAGACCACCUCCUAGCUGCAGGGUCUAUAAGAGAAACAUAUUACCCGUAUUGGCUCUCCAACGUGGUGUUAGUCAAGAAAGCUAACAAGAACAAAGCAUGCCCCAAUGACAACUUCCCUUUGCCAAUGAUUGAUAUUAUCAUUGACACCAUGGCGGGACACCGAAAGCUGAGUUUAAUGGAUGCAUAUUCAGUAUACAAUCAGAUCCGCAUGAACCUGUCGGAUGAAGAGAAGACGACAUUUAUCAUCGACAGAGACCUUUACUGCUACCAAGUGAUGCCCUUUGAGGUUAAGAACGCCGGGACGAUUUACCAAAGGCUGGUCCAUCGGAUGUUUAAACAGCAGAUCAAAAGGACUAUGGAGGUAUGUGUCAACGACUUGUUGGUGAAAAUUAAGAAACCCGCCGAACACCUAGCAGACCUAAGAGAAUCUUUCGUUGUGUUUCGUAAGUAUAAGAUGAAAUUGAACUCAACGAAGUGUGCUUUCAGGGUAGAUUCAGGAAACAUUUUGGGCUUCAUUGUCUCUGAAAGAGGAAUUGAGGCAAACACUAAAAAUAUUGGCGCCAUCCUGAACAUGAAGCCAUCACAGAACAUCAACGAAGCCCAACGGUUGGCAGGUAGAGUGGCAGCCUUGAAUAGGACGACAUCUUAUACGUAUACCUGGCAGUAUCCCCCACGCCGUCUCUGUGGUCCUAGUCAAGGAAGAGGAAGCAAUACAGGCAACAAUGUAUUACACGAGCCGCGCAUUAAGAGAUACCGAGACCAAAUCCCCAUGAAUGGAAAUGUUGACGUUCACGUUAGUGACAGUCGCCAGGAGAUUACGGCCAUAUUUUUAGGCUCACCCAUGAAGGUAUUGACAGAACACCCCUUCGGGAGAAUACUGCAAAAACUAUAUAGCUCUGGAAGACUGGUCGUGUGGUCAGUGGAACUCAACGAAUUCGACAUCGAUUACAUGCCCAGGAGCGUAGUGAAGAGGCAGGCUUUGGCAGAUUUCAUCAUCGAAUUCACCAGAUUCCCAAUGGAAGCUGAAGUUGCACCAUGCCGACAACCCUGGCUGGUGUUCGUUGAUGGAUCCGCCUGCUAA